AUAUUUGGCAGUCUAUUGAACAAGUGCAAGCAUGCUAUACCUAUAACAGGGUAAUAACACGGGCCCCGCACUACACACACAAUAUAUCAUUUGACUUGGGAAUAAUACCAAUACAAACAAGUGACCACAAGUGGAUUUUUCCGUAUUGGAUGAGUGAGGGAAGUUUAUAUGUAUAGUCACUCAAUGAGACUGAGCAAGCUUAUUCUGGAAUUUUCUUUUUAGUAAAUUUCACUAGACCUGGAAAUAUGACAAUAAGAGGUUCAAUUAAAAAGGAUAGCUAUUAUUAUGAUAAAGCACAAGAAGCUGUUGCUUCUCAGAAAAAUGUUGAAGCUCUGGCCAAUGGUGAGUCGUCAAAAAAUGGCGAAGUUCCUGGAAAUGGAAUAUAUGUAACAAAAUCUAGUGGAAGAUUAGCGUCUUUGCAUGGUAUAGAUGUUAUUGAAAAUGGGGGUGUCAAGCCUGCUUUGGUCCACAGAGAAGGUUCCUUGGUUUAUGAAACAGCUGAUGGCCAGGAAGAGGUGACAUUGAUGCAGGCUAAGCAUGAGAGAAUUCCUAUGAAAGAUUUCUCUGCGGAAGUCAGAGCCACGCUAGAUGUGGAAAAAUUCAUCAACCAGAAGGAAGUAUGUUUUGUGGACAUACAUGAGACGAAUCUUGAAGCCAUUAUGAAAACACUCACUCACAAGCUUAUAGACUUAGAGGAGCCUGAUUGUACAGAGGAGGAUGUCAUAUCAGCACUGUUCACACAUGACUCAGUUCGACAGUUGUCAAAGACGAUCCAAGGAACCAGUUCUAGUGAUGGAGGUUUUGAUUACGACCAGUCUUGGAUAUGUGCCAUGUGCACCCUUCCUGCCUUAGCGACCAGGCAUGUUGCCAUAGGAAGACUGAAAACACCAGCAAACUUUGGCCGAUCAUGUCAAGAGGUUGUGUUUGUGAUUCUGGUCCUUGCUCCAACAAAAGAGAAAGGCACAAAAACUGGUUUAGAAACUGGAAGAACUUUUGCCACAAUAUUCGCAGAUAUGGAAUUCCGUCAAAAUCUUCUUGACGCUAAACAAGAAGACUUCAAAGAACUGCUAGUAAGGCAUACCAAGGAGCUGGCUGGAGAACAGGGAAACCCGAGCAAGAAGGCGCUGUCCAGUCACAAUCCUUUUGAACAAGAGCCUGGGGGUGCGUGUAAUAUUGGGCAAGGUCUUCUAGCUGACAUCAGACGGAGAGCUCCACAUUACUGGUCAGAUUACAAAGAUGGUGUGAUUGGUCCAAAGGCUCUGUCUAAGUUGGCCUCAACCACCAUGUUCCUGUAUGUAGCAUGUCUCUUACCUGAUAUUGCUUUAGGUGUACUCAACUAUAACAACACUCAUGGGAAACUAGAUGUGAAGAAGGUGAUUGUAUCUCAGACAUUUGGAGGUCUCGUGUUUGGUCUGAUAGGAGGCCAACCUCUCAUUGUUCUACUCACAACUGCUCCAUUAGCACUCUACACCAAGAUUAUCUACAGUGUUGCUGAAGAUUUUGAUCUAGAUUUCUAUGCGUUGUAUGGCUGGGUAGGCAUUUGGAACUGCUUCUUCCUUCUCAUAUACUCCAUCACAGGUGCUAGCAAACUUAUGCAGUGGUCAAGUAGAUCUACAGAGGAAAUCUUUGCUCUGUUCAUAUCUAUAGCCUUCACUGUAGAUGGCAUCAAAGCCAUAGCAAAAAAUUUUGAUGAUAAUUAUUGGAGCUGUAACAAUCUUCCAAGUGUAGUGAACUGCUCUUCUCUUGACAACACAUCGUUGAGUUAUACAGUGAUCAACAAUACAUAUGAGUGUAAUGUCUACCCCACGUGUCUACGAGAGAACAGCCUCUUGUAUCUUCUACUUGCACUUGGAACAUUGUGGCUUGGACUCUUUCUCUACAAUUCCACACAAACGCCAUUCCUGACUGCUGGGAAGAGAGAACUAUUGGCUGACUAUGCCCUGCCUGUCUCAGUAUUGCUGUUCUCAUUCUUCGGAUCUUAUGUCUUCAAGGAUGUAAAAAGUGAGAAGUUUAAAUUCAAUGCUGGCUGGGACCUGUUUCAAUUGUGUCCAUUUGGUAACCUACCAAUAGGGGGAAUAUUUGCUGCAGCUGGUCUGGGAUUCUCUCUCUCUCUUCUGUUCUUUAUGGAUCAGAAUAUAUCCAGUGCCAUGGUCAACUCACCACAGAACAAGUUGAAGAAGGGUUGUGCAUACCAUCUAGACCUACUUGUUGUUGCUAUAGUGAAUGGGGUACUGUCUGUGUUCUGUUUACCAUGGGUACACGCUGCCCUUCCUCACUCACCCCUCCAUGUCAAAGCUCUGGCUGAUAUUGAAGAGAGAGUGGACCACGGCCAUGUUUACCAACUGAUUGUGAAAGUGCGUGAAACAAGAUUGACAGCUAUUAUAUCUCAUGUGCUGAUAGGUGUCUCACUGCUGAUGCUGCCAAUACCUCUUACUUACAUCCCCCCUGCUGUCCUAGAUGGACUCUUCCUCUAUGUUGCCAUCACUGCUCUCUAUGGCAACCAGAUGUAUGAGAGGCUAACACUGUUGUUCACUGAGCAGUCAGCCUACCCACCCAACCAUUACAUCCGGAAUGUUCCACAGAGGAAGAUUCAUACAUUUACAGCCAUGCAGCUGUUCCAACUGGUGGUGCUAUGUGCAGUUGGCUUUAAUAACUUUGCUUACUUGAAGAUGGUCUUCCCAAUAUUACUCAUGCUGCUGAUGCCAAUCAGACACAAAAUUAUGCCCAAGUUGGUGGAGAAUAAAUAUCUGAAGCAUUUAGACAGCAACCUGAUCUGUGUAAUAUAUGUAUAUAAACAACUUGAGCAGAGUACAGACAAUGAAUAUGGUUAUGACAAUGUGUAUGGUCAUGACAUUGUGUAUGGUUAUGACAAUGUGCAUGGUUAUGACAAUGUGCACAGUUAUGACAAUGUGUAUGGUUAUGACAAUGUGUAUGGUUAUGACAAUGUGCACAGUUAUGACAAUGUGCACAGUUAUGACAAUGUGUAUGGUUAUGACAAUGUGUAUGGUUAUGACAAUGUGCACAGUUAUGACAAUGUGCAUGGUUAUGACAAUGUAUAUGGUUAUGACAAUGUGUAUGGUCAUGACAUUGUGUAUGGUUAUGACAAUGUGCAUUGUUAUGACAAUGUGUAUGGUUAUGACAAUGUGCAUGGUUAUGACAAUGUAUAUGGUUAUGACAAUGUGCAUGGUUAUGACAAUGUGUAUGGUUAUGACAAUGUGCACAGUUAUGACAAUGUGCAUGGUUAUGACAAUGAAUAUGGUUAUGACAAUGUGCAUGGUUAUGACAUUGUGUAUGGUUAUGACAAUGUGCAUGGUUAUGACAAUGUGCACGGUUAUGACAAUGUGUAUGGUUAUGACAAUGUGUACAGUUAUGACAAUGUGCAUGGUUAUGACAAUGAAUAUGGUUAUGACAAUGUGCAUGGUUAUGACAAUUUGUAUGGUUAUGACAAUGAAUAUGGUUAUUACAAUAUGUAUGGUUAUGGCAAUGUGUAUGGUUCUGACAAUGGGUAA